UCAUGAGAAUUAUGCUCAAUAAGAUUAGUUCCAGAUAUUAAUAUGGCAAAAAAGAGGCUGUCUAUCUUGAUACAAAUAUUCUAUUUUAUUUUGGUGCCAAACUUAUGAGAUGCAAAGCUAAAUAAAGGGCUUAUUCUAUACUUAAUCAUUUCCUCUAUAGAUAUGGCCAUCUAUCAAAUGGAAUGAAUAAAAUGCAAUAGUUUAAUUAAAAGAUUAAAUAUAUCUAACAGAAGUGGAAAACAUUUAAGAAAUCUGAAGCCAAUUACUUAAAUAGAGUUGCUGACUAAAUUAUUGAUAAAUGGGGCAUUUUAUAUAGAGAGAUUAUUGUGGAACUAUAAAAUGCCCCUAAAUCUGCUCCUACUUAAGAUAAAAGAUUACUCUUAGAAACUAUUUCUGAAAAUCUUAAUAACUACAAAAGAGCAUUCCUUUAAUUGAAUAAUAUAUUUGAUAAAUUGGCUAGUGGAGCAACUGUUUUUAGACCAAUGAAUAAUAUUAUUAUGAAAGAUAUCAUGCAUCAAUAUGUUAUUAAAAAAGCCAAUAAACUUUAAUGA